UUUCCUUUUCCUCUCUCUCUCUCUCUCUCUCUCUCUCUCUCUCUCUCUCUCUCUCUCUCUUCUGUGUUGCUGUGCUGUCUCCUUAACAUAAUACCUAGAGCUAGAUCCUUACACGCAACCAAAUAUACAAAAAAUAAGGUAGGGUCUAUCCUGAAACACGAUAAGUGUAGAGAGGUGUAGUUUGGGUGGAAAACCUAUUAAGAUGGGAAGAUCAGGUCGCAGUGAAAAGAAGAGAAAACAAAAUAGCAACAGUAAUAUGGCGGGGUUAGGAGUUGGAGUGAAGAAAGGGCCAUGGACACCUGAAGAAGACCGAAAGCUACUGGCCUACAUCCAACAAUUUGGUCAUGGCAGUUGGCGCGCUUUGCCUGCUAAAGCUGGGCUUAAGAGAUGUGGAAAGAGUUGUAGGUUGAGAUGGACAAAUUAUCUCCGGCCAGAUAUCAAGAGAGGAAAGUUCAGUUUGGAAGAAGAAAGGACCAUCAUUCAACUUCAUGCUCUUCUUGGUAACAGAUGGUCAACAAUUGCUGCUCACUUGCCAAGAAGGACAGAUAACGAGAUCAAGAACCACUGGAACUCACACAUCAAGAAGAGAAUGACUAAAAUGGGUAUUGAUCCGAUGACCCACAAGCCAAAGAGUGGAACCCAACUCCUGGGCUCCAAUCUAAACCACAUGGCUCAGUGGGAGGCUGCUAGACUGGAGGCAGAAGCUAGGCUUGUUCAGAAACCAAAGAACUAUUCCAACCAACCACCCUAUCUUAUGUCACCUUCUUCUAUUCCUGAACUCCAUAAAAGGUCCACCACAGUUCCACCACCACAUUUACCAUGCCUUGAUGUGCUAAAGGUUUGGCAAGGGACUUUAUGGUCAAAUUACUCUAUCAACAAUGAGAGUCUCCAAUCACUCAUAUCCACAUCAAAUGUCUCCGAAAAUUUUUCGACCCUCACAGCAGCAAGGCCAGUUGAAGGUAAUGGUUCGUGUGAACAAGGUCAGGUCAAGAAACUUAAUGAUCAAAUCAAAACUCAAAUGGGGACAUUUGAGGAAUUUGAGUUCACUAAUGAUGCAACUUUCAUCAAUGGCGAUCCUCUUCGAUCACCCGAUCUCUGGGAAGACUUUGUUGAUCUUCUAGAUGGUGGUUGGAAUAGUCUAACCAGUAACUUUGGCAUGAUUGCUACACCACCAGCUUCCCCGGUAUUCUAAUAAAUUUUCUAGGUCGCCAAGAAUGAAAAUAAUGACAGAAAAUGAGUUCAAUUUGUGGCUUCAUUUAUGUCUUAGGAAAUAAUGUAAAACUAGCUAUAGCAUGCGUACGGCUGGAGUGUAGACCAAUAAAUAUAAUAAUGUCCCUGCAAUCGAGUUAUUUAAUCAAAAGCAGUUUUUAGAAAA